UCUUCCACUCUCCUCUCUGAGCUGGAGUGCAUGGCGUCUCAGCUCAUGUGUUGACUGUCCUCUGCAGUGGGCUGCUUUUAUUUACCUGCACUUUACUGGAGUGUGUUUUUUUUUGUUGUUGUUGUCAGGACUGUUUUUCACAUACAGAAAUCAUUUAGAGACAUGCAAGGUGAGCAGAGGCGGCUGAGUGAGCGGAGCACAUAGCGGAUCUGUGGAGGAGUGAAGUUGGAGGGGGAACAGGUGGAGGACUGGCAUCAGCAGCUUCAACACUUCAGCGUAUUUACAUCCAAGAGGCCAGGUGAGUGCCCAGACGCCCUGAUGCAUUUAUCACUGGAUACCAUGAGCAUGGUGGACGACAGCUGCCUCUCGCCCAGCAACUUCCACGAGUUGGGCAAAGGUGGGGGCUUCGCUGCAGGGGGCCGCGUCCACAGCAUCGAUGUCAUUCUUGGUUUCAGCAAGGACCAGGACCCCCUGCUCAGUCCUGCAGGGGCCCCCGGACCCCAUAAAGUGGACAUAGAGAGCCUGGUGGAGUCCAGUGGGAAGCAGCAGGAACCCUCAUCACACCCGUCCUACAGCGGGCACCUGGUCUCUCUGAGGAAUGGCAGCACAGAGCAGCAACAGUACCACGACACUGGCUUAUUCACAAAUAAGUGCGAUGAUGAGCUGAGUGAGCCGAGGAAGAGCGUUGACAGUGAUGAUGGCAAGUCUCCGGAGCCCUGCAAGGACGAUCAGCCCAAGAAGAAACACAGGCGCAACCGCACCACAUUCACCACCUACCAGCUGCAUGAGUUGGAGCGUGCCUUCGAGAAGUCCCACUACCCAGACGUGUACAGCCGAGAGGAGCUGGCCAUGAAGGUGAACCUGCCUGAGGUCCGAGUUCAGGUCUGGUUCCAGAACCGCAGAGCUAAAUGGCGUCGGCAGGAAAAAAUGGACGCCAGCACUAUGAAGCUCCACGACUCUCCCAUGCUGUCCUUCAACCGCCCAGCACCAGUUCACAGCAUGGGUCCGAUGGCCAACUCCCUCCCCUUGGACCCCUGGCUGACCUCUCCCCUGUCCAGUGCCACGCCUGUCCACAGCAUCCCUGGCUUCAUGGGUCCACCUCAAGGCCUCCAGCCCAGCUACCCCAGCCACAGCUUCCUCAACUCCUCUCCCCAUCCUCCUCAUCCUCAUCCACACUCUCAUCCUCACUCUCAUCCUCACUCUCAUCCUCACUCUCAUCCUCAUCCAUCCAUGGGUCAGGGGAUGCAGAGUAUGGCUCCACCUCCUUACCAGUGUCCGGCACCAUACCCUGAGAAAUACCCUCUGGAGGACGUGAACCAGCGCAGCUCGAGCAUCGCUGCACUGAGAAUGAAAGCAAAAGAACACAUCCAGUCUAUGGACAAAACCUGGCAACCCAUGUGACUAACAAACCUGGCAGCCUAUGUGAGAGACCCUGGGAAAGGGAGAUGAUGAAAUAAUUUUUUUUCUUGGGUGUCAGGGUGACAAACAUUGAGUACAGUGUUGGAAAAGUGUCACCCACAGAGCAAAGGAGAAGGAUUUUGAACUGUGAAGACUUUAGGAUUUAGUUUGGACUUUCUUAUAUUGUUUUUCAGUUACUUUCAUCUCAAGGACAUGAAAAAGAUGAGUUAUUGAUGCUUUGGGUGCUGUAAAUCAUCAGCAAACCUCUGCUUCAUGGCGAUUGCCCCCUGCACAAUUUUAUUUCCAUAUCAACCAUGUUUUAUAAGAAACUACAGACUUCCCUUCAAUGGUCUACACAUACUCAGUUUGUAUGUUGAUGUUGGCUGGGGUGAAAAUCAUACUUUGAACUUAUAUGUAACACAUGGCAAAAUAAUUGUCUCCAUGCCUGGUUGUGGUUGUUUGUCCCUUGCAACAGCUCACAUUAGAAGAAACGUGCUAAAAUAUGAAAAUCCCCUAAAUGAAGCUCUGCUGUAGUUAUUUUAUUUAUAGAUAAUUUUCAACCAUCAGAUUGAUUGAGUGGGACAAAUCAACACAUUCUGUCAUUCCUUCUUUACUUUUCUCGUUUUCAUCAGUGAGUUUGUGUUUUUACUAAUUAAUCCAAUUGUCGAAUUUUCAUGGGUCAGCUCAUCAGAGUCUCUGUGAAUUUUGUGAAUGAAGUUUCAGUGCAGCUUUUUCAGGAAAAUCAACACACUUAGACACAUGACUGUGACUGUAAGUGCACACCUCUCUCACUAAUGUGUUGAUUUAUAGCAGCUAUUUAACUGGUUUUUAGUUCAUCCCCCAAUUACAGAAUGGUUUAGAUAUUUGAACCUGAAGCUUAUAGAUACCCUGGUAUGACUGGAGGAAGAUGACAGCUGAUAGUUCUCAAUGUACAUAGACGCUAUUUACGGCGCCAUAAAGUGUAAAAUACAUAUUUUUGUGGCAGGAAACAAGAGUCAGAGAUAUGAUGGCACCUUCUACAGUGGACCAGAGCUGUAGAGAAUAUACCAAAUAAAGGAAACACUCCUGCACGAUGAUAAUCUUUUUCUGAUUUCUGCUGAGAUGCUUUAAUGAAGGAGAGAGAAAUGAAGGAAAAGAGGGAGGCUGGUGAGAGGAGCAACCCUCUUUUUUUGCUUGAGUGGCUGUUGGAGGAGAAAACCUGUUGGCAGUUCAGUGUUGGGUGGCUGCGUGUACGUGCGGGGCAGCAGAAAGAGCCCUGUGUGAUGCGUCACCCCACAUAGUUUAGUCUUUGUUCAGCACAAUUGAUCCAAGUGCAUCCUCUUUGUCUGAAAAUGAGGAGGGGGGUUGGAAACGGUCUCAGGCUGCACUAAAUAGGCCCUUGUAACCAUUUUGUCAUGGAAAAUGGUUCUCUCUCAAUCACAGGAGGAGAAACAUGGAUCGUAGCUGCUACGGUCAUUAGUGACACUAUAUUAGUCUUGUACCAUCUGUUACAGACAUAACCUCUAAUUAUGUUCAAGGUAAAGACACAGUUUAUUUCUUAUAAGUUAAAUUUAUCAGGAUGUUUAUGAUUCACAGCAUCUCACAGAACUGAACAUGCCAAGAAAAGUUGUUCGGUAACUUUUUCGACUUGGAUUUGGAGCAAGAGGGGGAGAGAAUCCUUCAUCUUAAAGUGCAAUUUCAGAAUCCUUUGUAUUUUUAUAUGUAUAUUUUUUAAAAGAGACUCAUUUCCCCCCUAAAUACCCAUUGUAUGGUUGUGAUAUUUCACUUUAAUAUGAUGUGAAAAUUGUUCUGACAGCAAGUCGUGAAUACAGAGACAACAAAAGCAACAUUUGGUCAUUUCUGGUUGAUUGAAAAAUCCUGCUCUGAGAGGGGAAACAGUGUUACAUCUGCUGCUCAUGAUCAGUCAUCAUGUAGUUUGUUUGCUGUUUAUUGUUGUUUGUUAGUGAUGUUUAGACCCCCUGCUGGAAGAUGCCAGGACCCCGGAGGAAAUACGGAUUACCUUGCACACUAAGAGCUUCUUUAGGACGCUAAAUAUGUGAUUUUGGACAAAGAAUAAGCCAAAGGUUAGAUAAUGGACAAAACUGCACUAGAUCCCAGUUUUGAUUUGUUUUUUUAUGUGAAAAUGCACAGACUAUUGUUACCUAUGUUUUUUUCUUACAUGUCGUAGUUAUAUCUGUCUUAGUGAAAUCAUUUUUUUCUUUCUUUUUUGAUUUUGUCUGGAUCAUUGAUGUCCAUAUUCUGGAAAGAAUAACA